UUUAAAAGAUGCUUUUGAUUAAAAUAUUGAAAGUAACUUUUGUUUUCAAAUCCAGGUGAUGAGUGUCAUUGCAGUCCUGUCUGUGAAUAUGGUGACAGCCAACAUGUUACUGAGUGUCUUCUUUCUUUCAGGUGUUUGGGCUGAUUGUUCUGAGCCAGCAGCCCUCAUCAUCACUGCACCACAGAAGAUGGAAGCACUGAGUGGAUCUUGUUUGCAAAUCCCAUGUAACUUUAGUGUUAAAUCAGAACAAGAGUUUGACAGCAGAAGAGAAAGCUUCGGAGUGUGGAUUAAAAAUUACCACAGAAUUGCCAUCUAUCCAAACAAUACGAUUUUCAACAGCAGUGGGACAGUUAACAUCUAUCCAAUGAGGAUUACUGGAAACCUGGGUCAGAAAAACUGCACCACUCUGUUUUCUAAUUUACUCACAAGUUAUACAGACACAUACUUCUUCAGAAUAGAGAACAAUCCAUUCAUGGCAACAGCACAUUGUGAUCCUCUUCAACUAACAGUUAAAGAUUCUCCUCCGAGCCCCAGAAUUGAGAUCCCAGCUGAUCUGAAGGAGAAGCAGUCUGUCACUAUAACCUGCUCAGCUUCCACUCCCUGUCCACACUCCCCUCCUAAACUCACCUGGAACCUCCAACAAGACUCUCACAGCAACACAGAGGAAAACACAGAUCGAACCUUUACAACUAAAAUCCAGGAGACCAUCACUCUGUCAGACCAACAUGAUGGAUACAACAUCACCUGUUCUGCCAGAUAUCCUGUGAAUGAAGGAAAAGAUGUCAAGACAGCACAGGCGAGAAAGACUCUCAGUGUUUCAUAUGCUCCUAGAGACACCUCAGUGUCCAUCAGUCCAUCAGGUUUGGUGUCAGCAGGUAGCUGGGUGACCCUGACCUGCUCCAGCAGAGCCAAGCCUCCCGUCAGCUGCUUCACCUGGUUCAAGAACAGCACAGAUGGACCCAAGAAUGUAUCUGAAGGAGAGGUUUACAGCUUCAAGGUGACCAAUGUCACUGAUGGAGGAGUUUAUUGCUGUGUGGCCACAAAUGAUCUCGGUAAUGAAACAUCAUUAGAGAUCCAUCUGACUGUUGAAGAUUAUCCAGAGUUUGGGGUUGUUGUCUACGUUACAGUGAAGAUCCUGGGAAUCGUAAUGCUCUACAGUACAAUCAUCAUCUUUGAGUGGUGCUUUAGAUCAAGAUGCUGCAACAAACCAUGAAGGAUGCAGUAGAAGCAGAUGAUGUCAACAGAGUGACUGAGAUUCAAACAUCAUGAAGGAGAAGAGGGAGAUGUCAUGUUCACCAUAAAUGCAAUAUUUCGCUCUUUCUUGUUCAUCUAAUUCUGAAAUAUUUCACUUUGCAGAAGCUUGAUAAGAUGAACAAAGGAUGGAGUGCAAACAGGGCCAAGUGUUUUAUUUAAUUUUAUGGAAGCUACAGUGUAAUAUAUUAGUCAUUAGUUUGUAUAGCAUU